AUGGGCUUGCUGCGUGCCGCACGGCGCUGCGCACUGAGCACCAGCAGGACGGGGCGGAGCUCCGUCUACGCGGCAGCGAUGGAUGCGCAUCGGUCCCACAGGCCAAAGGCAUAUGUGAGAUGCAUCCCAGGGGAAGAAAAUCUGCAAAUCAUGAUAACCCUGGCAGGAAGGGAGCGGAACAUGAACAGGCCGAAGUCAGAGCUUUUAGAGAGAUCCCUGGCUCGCAUCAGGAUCAGUCUGACAGCCAAACCAGACAAGAAGCGCAGGAAAAAGAAUGCAGAUGUUGCUGCUGAGGAGCCUUACAUUCCUGUUGAGUUGUACGAGACAUCCUCCUCCUCAAAGCCUAUUGACUUGCAAGUCAGCAACGAAGCAGGGUGGACCAAGGCUGGGGCUCUCCUAGCUGGGCAGCAGAUGUUCGAUGUGGAGGUCAAUCCGCCGACCGUUGACAAGAUAAGCCUCCACACCACGCCAAUGAUUGGAUACCCACUUCUGCCAAACUACGUUCUGCAAUUUGCGGACAGCGAAGCAUGCGAGUGGCAGUGGUUCAGGCGACAUAAAGAUGGACAAGACUGGCAAGCCAUCGACUGCCAGUCCCGCGUAUACACGCCAAAGGCAGAAGACAAGGGCUGUUCGGUCCGUGUUCAGUGUACGCCUAGGGCCUUCUCGAGCCACAACGACUCGAAAGCUAAUGGAAUAGGGGGGAGUGUGCGUGUGGGCAUGCCAGUUGCGGCAGACACGGGUCCGGUGGACGAAGGACCGCCCGAGGUACCUGGCCAGGGGAGGCACCUCCACACGAAUGAGGUCCUCAGAAGCCCCCUGUUCCGUGUGGUGACCUACAACAUACUGGCUGAUCAAUAUGUGAGCAUGAACGACACGCAGGAACUUCUGUUCAACUACUGCGACAAAAAGUACCUGAGUCUCGACUACCGCAAGCAACUUGUCCUUGAAGAGCUGGAGGGCUACAACGCCGACAUCAUAUGCUUGCAAGAAAUUGAUGAGAAGGCGUUCAGGAGCUAUUUCCAGCCGCAUUUCGCGGACAGAGGUUUCGAAGGGUAUUACGCCAACAAGGUCACCGCCGUGAGGGAGGGAUGCGCCACGUUCUUCAGGAGCAGUCGCUUCGAGGUGCUGCGCCAAAAGGACGUAUCCUUAAGAGACCAGUUUGCGGGCCCUUUGGCUCCCCACCUGCGCUGCUUUGAGCCCAUGAUGUCCUCUUCGUUGCAAAAGUGCUUCCAGAAAAUCGGCACCAUCGCGCAGAUGUUGGUUUUGGCGCCCCGGGGAGGCUGCCGUGCUGAAGGAUGCCUGUGCGUGGUCAACACGCACUUGUUCUUCCACCCCCGGGCGCCACACAUCCGCAGCAUGCAGGCGGCCUGCAUCAUGCACGAGGCCCACGCGCUGAUGACGUCAGCUGCGAGCGGGAGCACGGCGCCUGAGCCCAUUUCCGUGGUGUUUUGUGGCGACUUGAACAGCGCCAUGCACAGCGGGCGGCCUGGUGCUGUGGAGCUGCUGCAACAGGGUCGGCUGCGCGCCGACUACUGGGACUGGAAAGACGGGGCGCUUUUCAAGUGGGACAAGAGCGAAGAAGGUUGUCAGCUGGAGGGCUCCAAGCUGGAGGAUGAUAUGGAGGUGGAGGAUAAUGGCUCAAACGAAAUGACUGACGGCAAGGCGGUCUACGGGGUAGAUGUGGCGAUACCAUUCAAAUUGAGGAGCGCAGAUGGUCUGGAGACUCCCUUCACCAACUACGUCAGGCACUACUGCGCCCUGCUGGACUACAUCUGGUACGACCCUCGACACCUGCGCGUGGAGCGAGGCGUGCCCAUGCCAAGCGAGCGGGAACUGCGCAGCUUCCUGCCCUCCAGGCGCUUUCCUUCGGACCACCUGGCGGUGGUCUUCGACCUUGCCUGGAGAUCCGACCGCGAGCUGGUGGACGACCGCCACGACGUCGACCAAAGCCCACCCGCGUCAGCCACCACGAACGUCGUGCCUGCGGAUCUGAACAAUGUGGACCUGGCGGUUGAGGCGCUGAGGAGGUCCCGCGUGAUCGGCGUUCCGACAGACACUAUCUAUGGAUUCGCCGCCGACGCAAGCAAGGGCGACGCCAUCCAGAGGGUGUACCGCAUCAAGCAGCGCAGCAGGAACGUGCCGCUGGCGGUGUGCCUGGCGGACGUGGAUCAAAUAGGCCAGUGCUGCCGCCUGGACCACCUGCCCCCCAGCCUCGUGGGCGACCUCCUUCCGGGCCCCCUGACGCUGGUGCUCCCGCGCCUGCCCGACGCCACCCUCAGUCCCCAGCUGAAUCCGGAGCUUCCCAACCUGGCCGUCCGGGUGCCGGACCACGAGUUCAUGCGGGAGGUCUGCAGGAGAUUCGACGGCCCAGUGGCGCUGACAAGCGCCAACAGGAGCGGGGAGCCCAGCAGCAGGUCGGCCGAGGAGUUCAGGGACCUGUGGCCACUGUGCGAGGCUGUUUUUGAUGGAGGCGUGUCGGGGGAAUCUGGGGCCGGUUCCACCCUCCUGGAUUUGUCGGCGCCCGGGCGCUUGAAGAUUCUGAGGGAGGGCGCGGGCAUGCGUGAGGCGCUACUGGUUUUGGAGAAGUACGGGCUGCGACCAGGACCUUGA